AUGGCUUCCAUGGACCUGACCCGACGCGAUGUCAAUGUACUUGACAAGAUCAAGGACCCCGAGUCCGACCCUUCGACCAACGUCAUGCUAGACCCGUCCCUGCCCCGAGACCCUCACAUCACCAACACGUCCGUCUACGAACGUGUCAUCCAGAAGGAACGCGAAAUCAUCCUGUCCAUGCAGCAGCUCGAACUCCAGUUGGCAGGAUUGAGGCCGAAGACCGUGGCCGAACCGGUGCAGGAGUACAAGGGCCUCCUCUCGAAGCUCGACGACUUUAUAGAGGAAUACCCCAACUACGCCAGCUUGAGAAACAACCGCGUGCAGGCAUUGAGACGACUGUACGGCGACACUAUGCUGUUGGCAGGACCGCCGGCUACACCUCAACGACUCAUCCAGAGCCCCGAGCCAGCCGAAGCGACCCAGCAUGCGAGAAUUGCACUAGAAGACAUCGAUAUGUCUAUUGCUCUCCUCACGCCGCGCACCGUAUUUGGCGCCAUGUCGCCGCAGGCCGCCAAGACGCUGUCUCUCGCGUACACGCAGCGGGCUGCCAUCUAUCACACCUCGGCAAAGCUGAUGGACGACCACGCUGUGCAGGUCGAAGAAUCCCGGCGUGAAGCGAGAUGGACGAAGCUCAAGUUCGAGGAGGCGGCCUCGCACGACUUUGCCUUUGGCGGGAGGUAUGGCAACGAGAUUGCUAAAGGGCUGGCGGUGAGCACGAACCCGACUGCAAAGCUGUGCGGGCAAAUGGUUCGGGAGGCGAUGAAGAAGGACCGCCGCAAGGGUCUGCUGCGUAUUCUUGCCCUUCUCCUUCUCCUCGCGAUUGAUCCUCGUGGCCGCAGCACCCAGCCCGAUCACCAGAGCAAAGAUAGGGUCAGCGACCUUGGAGAUGAUCGGACUGUUUUCGACGCAACUUCAACAUCAGCACGCCCAGCAUCCCCCCCGACAGCGCAGGUCAAAAUGAAGUUCCUCAAGGUCGGCCGCGUCGCCAUCAUCACCCACGGCCGCUACGCCGGCAAGAAGGUACGAAUGCCACGAGGAUUCCGAGAAUCACCCCUUCGCCCAGCAUUGUUUCCCGAGGAGGGGAACACCGACCAGCCAAACACUUUCGAACGCGACGUCGAGAAGCCAAUGCAUCCUCCGCAAAUCGGGAACGAUGAUGGAAACGAGCACGUGUACUUGGACUUCGCACCAACGAUGCUAACGUUACCCUCCCAGGUCGUCAUCAUCCAGCCUGUCGACUCCGGCAACAAGGCCCACCCCUUUGGCCACGCCCUCGUCGCCGGCAUCGAGCGCUACCCCUCCAAGAUCACUCGUCGCAUGUCGAAGACGAGACAGGAGAAGCGCAACAAAAUCAAGCCCUUCGUCAAGCUGGUCAACUACAACCACCUGAUGCCCACCCGCUACACCCUGGAGCUUGAGGGCCUUAAGGGCGUUGUCAGCAACGACACCUUCAAGGAGGUCACCCAGCGUGAGGAUGCCAAGAAGACGGUGAAGAAGGUUCUGGAGGAGCGUUACACGAGCGGCAAGAACCGGUGGUUCUUCACGCCUCUGAGAUUUUAA